GUGAUGCUGCUAUCCAGCAUGGCAGAUCCUUUCCUGAGAAAACAUUUCUGCUUUCUCACUCUCUUCCUCCUUGGCAUGGAGGGGAGCAGUCCAGCUCAUCUACAAACACAACCCCAAGCACCUGAAGACACUUUCCCUCCACUCUGGCAUUUAGUGCCUGAAAACAUUGAAGAUUAUCCCAUCCGAAACCACAAGACUGUCAUCAAUGUCUGGAACUACUUAGAGAGAUUGGGACUAUAUAAGAUCUUGCUCAAAUCUUCAGCUAAAUAUUUCAGUGGACUUGGACCUAAUAAUGUCAACAAUAUCUUAUGGGGAUUGCCAUUACAGCAUGGCUGGCAAUACAGAUCAGGCAGAUUAGCAGAUCCUUUUAAUUCUACAGGGUGUGGCCAUAUGGAUAGAGAAAGUCUGUGCAUAUCUGAAUUCAGCUGGUGGGCUUGUAUGAAUUACUACCUGGCAGCUAUUCCCUUUCUUGGGGCACUGGAUAGUGACUUCUUUGAAGAGCUACCAAAUGAGGUAGAAUUAAUGCCACCAGAUAAGCAAAGAGAACAUUUCUGCCUCAGCACUGCUGAAUGCAAUACUCAGAUACCAAAAGUCAUGUCUGCCUGGAGGGAUUUUUUCAAGUAUCUCCUGUCUACUGCACCAAACUCUGAAACAGCUUCAAGUCCUCUUUUCUCAGAAGAUGAAGCCCUGGGUUACAUGUGGAAAGCUCAUACUCUCUCUAUUAGUUCUGCAUUUCGGAAGUGUCAAAAAAGUCUAUCAUACUUCAGUGGACCUGAAAGCAAUUUUGGAGAGGCCUGGUCUACCACAGUUAAUUUCCUUGCAGCCACACAUUUUCCUACAAAUUUUAAUGUUACAAAUAAUUUCCAGACUGGAUUUCCACCUCGAAUACUUUUGGAAGGAGACAAAGUACCCUUCAUUGAUGAUUUCACACUUCUGCAGAAUAAAGUGAUUUUUCUUCUUGAGAGUCUUCAUACCACAAAUAAAAAUACAGGUACUAUAUCAAUGAUGGCGAACCUUUUAGAGACUGAGUGCCCAAACUGCAACCCAAAACCCACUUAUGCAUCGUCAAGUGCCAGGUGAUAUUCCUUCAAGUAAAGGAUAUGGAGAAAACCUUCCCUGAGAGUAGAUGAUCCUCAAAUUACCUCUGUCCCAACAAGCACCAGCUUGAAUUCUACCAGCUGCCAAAGCAGUAGCAAUACAUAAAUUGAAUGGCACCCAUUACUAUCCAAGCCAUUGCAUUCUGGACCAUCCAAAGUUUUAUAUAGUCCAUUAUAAUAGUACUUGGGAGAUGAUCUAAGUUUGAGUGAUGGUCAGUAGGGUCACUUGCUUCAACAAAGGUAAUAAAUUAUGCACAAAAUGAAGAUGAUGUUUGAAGAUGUUCCUAGUUACAGUUGCCACCUGCUCUUUGAGAAUCAUCUGUUAUUCCAGAAUCCAAACUAAGAAUGAUUUUCGUCCAGUGAAGAAAAUCGCCAUCCAGAACUGAAGGUGAAAUUUUCCAGGAAUCAGGAGGCUUCUGCACCCAAAAACACUUCUUGCCAUUCUGAGCCUAAGGCUGUUUGUUCUGAUCCAUAUAUUGACAACUUCCAGACAAGGGCUAGAUGCAUAGCCUAUUUGGCUUGCCAUUGAGAUAUAAAUAUGAUGGCUGUGUGGGCAUUGGGAGAUAUGGUGGGAGGCAGAGUGUGGACCAUUUUCAGAGAACACAUGGUUAUUCUUAUACUGGUUAGGCAUUUCAGCUCCCUGGUCUCAGCCCCUGUACUCAGUCAGCAGGGAAACUGAAGUCCCCCAACUUCACUGUCAAACCAGAAAUGAAGCCAAGCAGCUCAGGCAAAGAGGUUGCCACAAAGCAGGGAGGCUGGUAAAAGAGCAACAAUACUAAGGGACCAGUGGUGGGAUUCAAAUAUGUGAACAGCUGUGUGGAUGCCACUUCUGAAAGUCCAUUCUGGGCCUGGGCAACAAAAAAUUAGCUAUCCGUUCUGCCGAACGGGUGCAAACUGGCUGAAUCCCACCACUGCAAGGGACCCUUUGAGCAAAACUUAAUGAACAGCUGCUCACAUCUGGUGAUGUCUGGAACAGCACUCCUGACAGUCAUAAGGGGUUCCUGGAUGACAAUCACCACACUUUCGCCCCCACCCUGGAGUCUCAGCUAAUGCCAUAUAUGGAACCCAGAUAGCUGGGCGUAUUUCUGAAAGAGGAACCCCUCCUUUCGGACCUAGCCAGGUUUUAUUAAUACAUGCCAGGGCAGGCUUGUCAUCGAUGAUUAGAGCGCAGAUGAGGGAGGCCUCAUUACAGACCAAUGUUGCAUUUUAAAGCAUCAGUCAGGAACUGGGUCUCUGAAGGUCUGUUGAGGCCAAGUACCGUCAGGAAGCUGGAGCACUUAACCAGUAUAAGACAAUGGCUUUGUCUAAGAAUGGUCCACUCCCUGUCUGAGUGAGCUACAUUGGUUGAGAGUCUACUUCUGGGUCCAGUUCAUGGUACGGAGUCGUAGAAUUCUUUUAUGGUUGUCACCCGAAGAAGCCUUUUUAGAAAAAAAAAUUGAUAGUAUACCAACUUGGCUGAUCUAUGCUGAUUUGUUGAUUUUUUUUUUCUGAAGGAGAGUCUAAAUUAAAAACCUGAGAACUGAAAAGGGA